AUGGCCACUCUCGAAUCUCUCAAGUGUGCUCUUAGGCAAAAGGCCACCGCAACGGGGUCAUCCCCGAAUCAGCCAUUAUCAGACAUCCAGUACAACGCUGGCCUCGAUAUCUUACUGCAGGGUCCAACAUACCAAGACUUCAUCAUCCCUCAGAUCUCUCGGCUGCUCGCUCCUCUCUUGGACUCGAAUAUCCAGAUAUCGGUGCUAGAAAUAGGACCCGGCUCAAAGAGCGUAUUUGGAUAUCUGUCUGGUCGUCUGAGGCGGAAAAUCAGGAAAUACACUGCAUUCGAGCCCAAUGGCCUGCUUGCUACAGGGUUGGAAAAAUGGCUUUGCUCGAAAUCAGAGGCAGAGUCCCCGCUGCCCUGUCUGGAAAGCUCGCCUGAUGUCCAGCGAAUUCUAUUCGGUGUAGAGAGCGACACGAAUAGUACUGAUACGCGUGACAAGGACGAAAAGUUUGAUGUUAUCCUAUCUUGUCACGGCAUGCAUGACAUGAUGCCAAAAACCAGGUUCAUCGGACAAGCGCUAGAAAUGCUGGUUAAGCAACCCGAAGGAGGAAUGGUGGUGAUUUUUCAUCGCGACUUGACCCUACACCUCGACGGAUUAGCGUGCCAUCGUACCGCUUGUUUUCCUAUGGGAGCUGUUCGCGUGGCUAAUAGUGAUGAGAUACUGGAUUCUUUUGCUCCUUUCAUCGCAGGGUUUGCCAUGCGGGAUGUGGAGGCGGACAAGGAUACCCGAAUUGAAUGGCGUGAGGUGUGCCGCGCCUUGGGCCGCUCGGAGGCUCACCCAGACCAUCUAUUAUUCAGCUCGCCCAAUAUCAUGUCGGCCUUCACCCACCAUGCGACCGCAUUGCCGGAGCUGACAGCACAGGUGCCAUUGUUGGAAGGAGGCAAAGCUGUUAAGAACCGAGAGGCUCGUCUUCACCACCCCGCCUCGACUGUUAGGCCGACAGAGGUACGACAAAUUCAGCAGUGUGUUAAAUGGGCUCUGAAGCACGGUGCUAAUUUGACCGUCGUUGGCGGGGGUCACAGCGGCCACUGCCUAUGUCCCAACGUCGUUUCGGUCGACAUGAGCGCCUUUGAACAAGUGCAUAUUAUCACAGCCGAGGAUAGUGGACUAGAAUCUGGUCUUGAUUCUGUUCCCUUGGUUGUCGCCGAGGCGGGCUGCAAGGUAGGGGAUAUUGUCCGCAAGACCAUGGCAGCCGGCAUGACAGUGCCCUUAGGGGCCCGCCCAAGUGUAGGCGCGGGGCUAUGGCUACAAGGCGGCAUCGGGCACCUGGCUAGGAUAUAUGGGCUCGCGUGUGACGCCAUCGUCGGUGCCGUGAUGGUCAGCGUCGACUCUAGCCAAGCCUUUUGCAUCGGCCGUGUACCAAGCCAACACUGGCCGGCCGGUGCCGUGCGCCCAGAAAACGAAGCCGAUCUGUUAUGGGCGAUAAAAGGCGCUGGAACCAACUUCGGUAUCGUAGUCAGCGUUACUUUCCAGGCUUACGCGGCUCCGAUGUUCUCGAUUCGAAAUUGGGUUGUCCCGCUGAGUGACAAUCUCGAAGCGCAGGGCAGGCUCAGCAAUUUUGAUAAAUUAGUCGCGAGGCUUCCUCGGAACUAUUCUAUGGACGCAUAUCUGUAUUGGGACCUCGGAAAGUUGCAUCUUGGCGUGACCAUGUUUGAAUCUUCCACGAACGGGCGCACCUCUGGAACAUCCAUCUCCACGCCCACGCCAGCAGCAACACUUUUCGAGCGGGAAGACAAAUUUCAAGUCGUGGACUGCGUCGGCUUGUUUGACGCCGAUAUGUACAUGUCCGGAAUGCACAGUGGGCAGACCAGCACCAAUACAUCAGCAUUCAAGCGAUGUUUAUUCUUAAAAAGUAUUGGCGUAAUGAAUGUCGCCAAAAUAUUGCUGGCAGCCGUUGAGACUCGCCCCACGCCACUGUGCUAUCUCCAUCUGCUACAAGGUGGCGGAGCUAUCAGUGACGUGGCGGCCGAUGCGACUGCUUUCGGUUGUCGAGACUGGGACUUUGCCUGCGUGAUCACUGGCGUCUGGCCACGCGACCAAGAUGGAACCGAAGUCGCACAAGCCGCCGUACGGUGGGUAUAUAAGGUCGCUAGCGACUUGUUGCCCACGAGUAGCGGAGUUUACGGCGCAGACCUGGGGCCGGACCCUAGAGACGCCGCGCUGGCGGCCAAGGCUUUUGGAUCGAACCGGCCACGCCUGGCUCGCCUCAAGCGCAGCUCGGAUCCGCAUAAUGUGCUAGCUUACACCUGCCCGCUUCCUAAAGCGCCCAUAGAACAUAAGCUUGUCAUUCUAGUCACAGGUGUAAGCGGCGCCGGUAAGGAUUAUUGCGCCGACAUCUGGGUCUCGGUAUUCCUUGAACACACCCAGAAAAUGAUUAUGGCGCGCGCAGUCAGCAUUAGCGAUGCGACCAAGCGAGAAUACGCGGCGGCCACUGGUGCCGACUUCAACCGCCUGCUUCAAGACCGUGGCUAUAAAGAGGAACAUCGGCCAGCGUUGACAGCGUUCUUCCAGAACCAAGUGCGACAUCGACCUCGGUUGCCAGAGGAGCAUUUUCUAAAUGUGGUAAACGGUGCCGGAGACGUACAUGUGCUGCUAAUCACCGGAAUGAGAGAUGAGGCGCCAGUUGCAGCCUUCUCGCCUUUGGUGCCAGGCAGCAGACUGCUCGAGGUCCGGGUGAACAGUAGCAAAGCGGCACGGCUUGCCCGCCGAGGCUGCCAUGGCGGUGAUUCUGAUCAUGGUGACAAAGAGAAUGGCAGCCGCCCUGGCCUCGUCUUCAAUAAUGACGCGACCGGAAACGACGCGGCCAGAAGGUUUGCCGAAGAAUACCUGAUUCGCUUCAUCGAUGGAGACCUCCAGCGACUAGCCAACAUGGUGCGUCCAGUACCUGACUUUCCACGCCCGGGCGUUGAAUUCCGCCAUGUGCUCAACAUCUGCCAGCAGCCGGGUGGGCUAGCCCUGUGCACCUCUCUGCUACAGACUCACUUCACUGGUGAAUGGGCCAAGGUUGACGUGAUAGUGAGUUGUGAGACCGGCGGCUUCAUCUAUGCGUCGGCGUUGGCCUCGCGGGUUGAUGUGCCUUUGGUGCUGAUUCGGGAAGCAGGGAAACUGCCGCCACCCACCGUUUCCGUCCUCAAGUCUACUUCGCAUAUCUCUUCGACAUCCAGUUCAAAUGAGAAUAGGAUUGAGAUAGAACAGGAUUUGAUCCCUAGAGGUGCUUCGGUAGUGGUUGUGGAUGAUGUGCUCUCCACGGGGAAUACACUCUGUGCGGUGCUACAGCUCCUAGGUGAAGUUGGCAUCGCUGAUGUCAGCGUUAUGGUCGUGGCUGAGUUCCCUGUUCAUCGCGGUCGGGAAGGGUUGCGCCAGCGUGGAUUUGGCGUCAAUGUCCAAAGCCUUUUGGUGUUUGACGGCGCCUAG